AUCCAAUACGAAUCAGUUUCAUACUUCUGCAGAGAAGCCUAUAUUUUCAAAUGUCAAAUUAUUUUAAAAAGAAACCAUAAAGAAAAAGGAUUUGACUUUUGUCACCGAUUGGAAGAGGAAAAUAUCUUAUACGACAUUCACGUUUUUAUAUUAAUUUUGGGUUUAAAAUGGAAGAGAAAUCAAUAUUUGGAGCUUUAACAGUGUACCGCGAGCGCGGCGCAUACUUACGAAGGCUGGAGCAGUUCGAAAAGUCUAAAGAUGCUUACGACGAAGCGCAUAGAACUACAUCAGAUGACGUCCGCACCCUCACAGGUCGUAGUCAGGUACUAGCUGAUGCUGUCAAACCCAAACAGGCUUAUUCCGACGCAGAAAUAGCCCUAAAAUUGGAACCUACCAAUAUGAUAGCGCGUAACAUGCAAGCGAGAGCACUACAUACAUUGUCAGAGUUCGAAAGAGCCGUUGUCAUGAACUACCGAGGUUACAGGGUGAGACGACAACCACCAUACUUCAUGGAAGGCAUCAACCAAGGCGUAGAAACUAUCCAAGAUUGCAUCGGAGUCAACGCCGGUAAUGUUAUGGUCGAUUUCCUCCCGCUGAUAAAGCAGUUGGAGACGGACCAUGUCGACGAUGAUGAGCCAAAGAAAGUAACACGAGUGUCUCGUAUUCCAAGAAUGGAACGAAAGAAACAGCUAACACAAAUGCAAGCUAGAAAGCAACAGACUCUGGAGAGAGUACUCGCCAUGAAAUACCUAGGACCUAUGGCGAACGACAAAUUUUUCCUCCAGAAUCUAUGUAAAAAUAGUCGAUUAAAAUCUGCGAACGCCAAAGGCAGCUUGGAAUUAAAACAGCUGGCAGACGAAGCUUUAAAUUCUCUGACAGAUAGACAGAAAAUGCUACAUUCACAACGCCCAUACUAUACUAUUAAAUUAGCUGAGAAAUCGGAAUCGAAGCACCAAAAUAAAUACAAAGAAGCUACUCUAGCUCGGGAAAGAGAUAUCGGUGCGAGGACCGCUGAAAAACUUUUGCGAAGCAUCGGUAUUAGCGUGAGAAGAAAUAAAAUAAUGGAUUUAAUCUCUCAAGCUGAGAGAUUGCAAGUAUUCCUUGAUACUAAGACGCCUCGAACUCUCCCGGAGAAAGACCACUACCUGGAUCGCUUGUACACAGCCGUUGGUGACGGGUAUUUAAGCCAGUACCGUCUAUCCUACACAUUGAGUGAGCAAGGCAAUAAACGCCGUAUCGCCUUCCUCCUCGGUCUACCCGUGGGUAGACCGAAGUCUUUCGACUCCGUCAUGGCCAACUACCCGAAUAAAUUCAUCGAUACGAAUGUCGCAGCAGCUAAGGCUAAAGCGACUCUCGAUAUGUGCGAAAAUGCUACGAUGCGCUGCUGGCUAAUGUACGAAAUGUCUAGACUUCUAGCCUCCCAAAGGAGUUACGCUCUAUCUAAGUUCUAUGCGAAGAGAUGUCAAAAGGAGGCGCAAGAAAUCGACAGUCCUACUUGGUGGUUGAACGGCUGUUUCGCUCUGAUGAGCGGUGACAUGCAGCAAGGUAAUUACAACGAGGUAAAGAUGCAGGUCGACGAAGCCUACGAAUAUACAAAGAAAUUGCCCGAACCUGAACGAGUUCAAGCGUUUCUUUUGAAGGUCGCUGAGAUGGCGUCGGAGACGAGGCCAGCUGAUGACAAGAAGGCAAUACUUCAACGCGAGAACCAUAUACUGAAAGUUAUGGAUGAGCCAGAAAAGACUCAGGCUAUGGUGCUGUUCAAGAGAUUGGCGAUUGUACCAUCCGGUAGACGCUUCUCUGUGCUCCCGAGGAAGGUCGAGAGGAGUGACGGGACCUCUGUUCGGAAGCACCGACGUCAGAACAGACUUUCAAUCAUCCCUGGACCAGAAAAACCUCUUCCGCCAUUGCCUAAAUCUGAUACUCAUGGUUUCCAAAUAUUUGAUUUGUAA